AGGGGCGGGCCGGCCGGGGAGCGCGAGCGUCCCGAGCCAGCGCCCCGAGCCAGCGCCCCGCGGCGGGCCAUGCUCAUCACGCUCUGCUACCUGUACCUGUGGGUGCGCUGGGGGCGCCGGCCGGCCGCGCUCGUGCGCGCCACGGUGCGGCGGCUGCUCGCCACGCGCUGUUCCUUCACGUUCUGCGGCGCGGCCGCGCAGCCCCGGGAUGCCCGCGUGUGCCUGAGCCGCGGCGGCCGCGUCUUCUGCGUCAGUGAGAGCCAGCCCGUUGACGACUUGAGCAAAUGGGCCCUGUUUCUUGUUUCUCCUCUCAUACUUGAAGCCGAACACGUAGCAUUCGUGACAGAGAGCAUUUGGGUGCACGGUGAGAGUUCACCGAGACCAUCCUCUUCUUCAGGCCCCGUUGUGAAGUGGUUGGACUGUUGUCUGCCGUUGGCUUGCAGACCCGGGGACCCUUACCAGCUGAUCGCCAGAGCCAGUGUGGAUGACUUCAGCAGGCUGGGUGUGGCGUUCAUGGAAGACCGCCUCCAGAUGGCCAAUGGACUGAUACCCCAGAAGAUUGUUUCAGUGCACCUGCAGGACUCGGCACUGAAGGAACUGGAGGACCAGGCCACGAGCAAGCCAGCCCACGCCCUGCAGCCCAGCCCCGACCCUGCCGCCGAUCCUGAGCCUGAGCCUGAGCCUGAUACGGGCAGGAUGGAGUGCCCUGGAGAUGGCGCCCCUGGGAGCGAGCCUGCCCAGGAGGGUGACCGAGGGGAGGGCUGCCUUGAGCUCUGUCACCUCCAUCUGUCUAGUUGCCACGAGUGUUUGGAGUUAGAGAACAGCACCAUUGAGUCUGUCAAGUUUGCAUCUGCAGAGAACAUUCCAGAUCUUCCCUACGACCCCAGCGGCGGUGUGGAGGGUGUUGCCGAGGCCACCCGCCCUGAGAGCGAAGGGAGGAGAGCCAACAUCACCGGGAAGGCGCCCAACAUCCUCAUCUAUGUGGGCUCCGACUCCCAGGAAGCCCUGGACAGGUUCCAGCAGGUGCGGUCGGUGCUGGCCGACUGCGUGGGCCCGGACAGCUACACCCUCUACCUCCUGUCGGGGGAGAGCGCCCGCCGGGACCCGUGGACGGACAACUGUCUGCUGUUGGUCCUUGCCACCAGGGGGUCUGUGCCCAAAGACCUGCACCAGAAGUUCAUGGCCUACCUUUCUCAGGGAGGGAAGGUGUUGGGCUUGUCUUCAUCCUUCACGUUCGCUGGCUUCCAGGUGACCAGCAAGGACGCGCUGCGGGAGACGGUCCAGGACUUGGUGUUCUCCAGGGCCGACCGGAGCCAGGUGAAGCUCAGCGUGCUGAGCAGCGGCUGUGUUUACGAGGAGGGCCCCGGGGAGCGGCUCGGCCUGGGCGGGCUCCAGGGCCACCUGGAGAACGAGGACAAGGACAGGCUGAUCGUGCAAGUGCCUUUCGGGACUCACGGAGGAGAGGCUGUUCUCUGCCAGGUGCACCUAGAACUACCUCCCACCUCUCCCGUCGUGCAGGCCGAAGACUUCGACCUGCUCAAAUCCAGCAACGUUCAAAGAUACGAAGUCCUUAAGGAGAUCCUGACCACCCUCGGCCUCAGCUGUGACAUCGGACAAGUUCCUGCCUUAACGCCCCUUCACUUACUGGUGGCGGCCGAGGAAAUCCGGGAUCCUCUCCUGCAGUGGCUGGGGAAGCAGGCGGGUCCUGGAGGCGUCAUAAAGUCCAGCAAGCUGUCCCUCCAGUUUGUCGCCUCCUGCACGUCCGAAGUCGAAGUCACGCCGGCCGCUCUGCCUGUGGUGACCGACACGACGGCCUUCUCAUCGGAGCACUUCAGCCUGGAGAUCUACCGGCAACACCUGCAGACGCAGCGGCUGGGAAAAGUAGUCCUGUUUGCCGAAGUGGCGUCCACCACCAUGGACCUUCUGGACGGGUUGAUGUUUGAGAUGCCGCAGGAAAUGGGUUUAAUCGCCAUCGCAGUCCGCCAGACACAGGGCAAAGGGCGAGGACGGAACGCGUGGCUGAGCCCCGUGGGAUGCGCCCCGUGCACACUGCUGGUCCGCGUGCCGCUGCGGUCCCCGCUGGGGCAGCGGAUCCCCUUCGUGCAGCACCUGAUGUCCCUGGCCGUGGUGGAGGCGGUCAGGUCCCUCCCCGGGUACCAGGACAUCAACUUACGGGUGAAGUGGCCCAAUGACAUCUACUACAGCGACCUCAUGAAGAUCGGCGGAGUUCUGGUCAACUCGACGCUUAUGGAAGAAACAUUUUAUAUACUUAUUGGCUGUGGGUUCAACGUGACGAACAGCAACCCCACCAUUUGCAUCAACGACCUCAUCUUGGCGUACAACAGGGAGCACGGGGCGGGGCUGGAGCCCCUGAGACCCGACUGUCUCAUCGCCAGGGCGGUGACCACGCUGGAGCGGCUGAUCGACAGGUUUCAGGACGGAGGGCCCAACGCCGUCCUCCCGCUGUACUACAGAUACUGGGCGCACAGUGCCCAGCAAGUCCGCCUGGGAAGCGCCGAGGGGCCGAAGGCGUGGAUCGUGGGCCUGGACGAUUCCGGGUUCCUGCAGGUUGACCGGGAGGACGGCCAGGUGGUGACCGUGCAUCCGGACGGCAACUCCUUCGACAUGCUCAGAAACCUCAUCGUCCCCAAAUCGCAGUAGUGCCCGGGCAGGAAGACGGGCUGG